CGUUAUUUUGUUUCAGAAGUUGUUAGGGGUCAUAAGCUGCUUGUCGGUAUUAGGAGUAAUGGUAAUCAAUGACACGCAUACGUAGUCGCAAUCAAGGAAAAAGCGCAGCGCUACACGAGCACCAGUAUUUCCUUUCCUUUUCCUCUUGCCACGUAUGAACUGAGGUUGUGUUGCCUCCUCACUCCUGUCUUUGUGUCUGUCUGUCACUAAUGGUCAGUGCAUCAAGAGAGUGGUGGGAACAAGUAAUUAUGCCUCAUGCCAUUUUGUAAGCAUCCUGCGGCGCGCCCGUCAGCAUCCCAACUGUCAUCGCCUGCAGGUAUCUGAUGGCCUGGCGGCGCCGGGGGCAUUGAUCCAGUAAUCUUUAGGACUCAGAUUCUGUGUGUUAAGUGGUAAUAAAGAAAGAGGCGUUAGUCAAGAUUGGUUGGUAUUAGUAAAACAAAGAAAGGAGGAAAGAAACGAUUAUACAAUAAGUUCCUGUGACAUUUCUUCGAUCACUAAAAGGCCAACGCCAGCGUGAAAACAUGAGGUCGGGGUGGUCAUGGUGGUGCUGGGUGGUGUGGUGGGCAGCAGGAGGCGUGGCCUCUCGGGGGGCUGCGGCGGCUGCCCAACACCCGGUGCUUGCAAGCCUGCGGGACGAGCCUGCCUCCCCCAGACCCUCGCUCAGGUCCCAGCUGAGGGGGGCGGCCACGGAUGCAAGGGGGCGAGCCGUGGUGCAGAUUGACAGUUCGCUGUGCACCAACGAGCAAGCCCUCGGCGGCAUCUUGGAGGAGCGGAGGGUUAUGCGUCGGGUGCGGCGAUUGUUGCGGGGACGGCCGCUGCCCGCCACCCACCUCCGCCUCAGCUUUGACGUCCGGUGGGACUCCGCCGCAGCAUUCCUGCAAGGCGUCCCGGUGAGGCUGUACGACGCGGAACAGGAAAGGCAGCACGGUGAAGUAGUGAGCGUGGCCGUGGUGCACCAGGCCACAGGUCGCCUGCUGCGGCACUACAACCACCCGACACAAGCACACGCUCGCCCCUUACAAGACUUCCUUGACUCACUCCAGCCAGGCCGCGUCCUACUCCUUGCUGGAUCGAGUCUUCAGAACCCAGAUACCAGUGUUACCUCCCUCCUUGCUGAACUUGGAAUAGACUUGCACUUAGAGCGAGGCGGGAGUGGGGUGCUGUGGGCAUGGGUGGGCGUGGUGGGCAGCGUGAGGGCGGCAGGCGAGGUAAGUGUUUCCUGGCACCCUUGGAACCGGAAUCGUCGUAGGCUUACCUGGGAAAUCCAUCUACUGAAGGGGGAAGGUGAGGAAUGUCAAACAAGAACAACAACAACAACAUUCACUCCCUCAGCGGUACCGUGGUGUGGUGAUGAUGGUAGUAGCGUCAUCCCGCUCGACUCGGAGGAGGAGGAGGGCAGCGGUGGUGGUGGGCGGUGGGCGGCGCGGGCUGAGCUGUGUACCGCACAUGACGGAUAUGGGGCGUGGUGCAAAUGUCCACCACCACCACUACCUAGAGUACCACAGAACAAUGUAGUAGCGUCCACGUGGCGUAUAGAAAACGUGGUGACUGUAGUCCUAGCCAGGCACCCGCCUGCCCUACACGGGUUGCUGGUGUCCCUUGAAGCUGCAGGAGCAAAGGCUAAAGACAUCCUUGUGUUUACUGGACAGCAGCAGAAGGCGCCGAAGGAACUACAACUAGUGUGCAAAAGUCACGGCGUAUACCUGGAAAUCACUGGACGUUCCUCUGAUUGCAUGGGGCUUCACGUUGCCCGCUUGUACGAGUCUGCACUUAUGGCCUCUCUCAUCCUGCGUCCUAAAGCAUCCUUCUUCAUCACUCUGGAGGAUGAUAUGGUGGUGCUUCCCUCCUUCUACAGGUGGAUGGCGCGGGGUCGAAAAAUCCUAAAAAAGACUCAGGAAUUUAUCUGCGUCAAUAGUCUGAACCCAAAGUACCCAUACAAGCUGUACCAGUACCCGCGGCGAACCCUGGGCGACUUGCACCUUUCAUCCAGGACCACUACCACCACCAUUACCACCACCGCCGCCACACCACACUCCUCCAGAAGCCCUCUCAGGGACAACGGAAGAUCGCCAGGUGAUACCACGCCGCCGGAGGGCAAGGAAGGUAAUGGCCGGGGGAACAAUAACAUGAAUAAGUUCCCUUCUGAGCCAGACAAAAAGACUGCCGCCGGGGACACACUGCGAGGCCCCAGGACUGACACGAGGGCGCCCCAAGAGGUGGGUGUCGUGACGGGUGUGGGGCUGGAGGACGAAGGGCGGCGGUGGCCAGGCGGUAAGCUCAUGGCGGGGUGGGGAAUGGAACGCAGCCUGGUGGAAGCUAUGAUCAGGUUCUGGCCCUUGGCGAAGCGUGAUGUGGACUGGGAGAUGUUGGUGCAGACGUGGGCUGGAAUACGGCCCUGCCUCCUUCCCUCACGCCCACACGCCCUGCACGCCCGCGCCGCCCACUUCUCCCUGGGUCCUGACCUCCCGCCCCUCCUCUGACCUGUGCUUGAUCUUUGACUUCAGGAGAGAGAGAGAGAGAGAGAGAGAGAGAGAGAGAGAGAGAGAGAGAGAGAGAGAGAGAGAGAAAAAAAAAAAAGUGGCGUAGAUUUAAGUAAUGGAAAAUUUUUAUAAUAAUGCUUUUAUUUCCAAUGUUUUGUUUUUUCUUUUGUGUGUGUGUGUGUGUGUGUGUGUGUGUGUGUGUGUGUGUGUGUGUGUGUGUGUGUGUGUGUGUGUG